AUGGGGGGCGGUGGCGGGGUUGGUGCGGCCAAGAUGGAGUCGGUGGCUCUGGUGGCACCGGUGACAGCGCUGGAGUUCGCGGGGGAUGUGCUGCUGGCGGGUACAGGCCCGGAGGUGGUGGCGUUUCGGCUGAGCGGCGGCGGGCCGGCGGCGGCGGCGGGCCGGCGGAGCGUGCUGCGUGAGGCCAGCGUGCAGGGGCUGCGGGCCGAGCCGGGGCCCGGGCCGGCGGCGCGAGUAGCGGUGUUCGGCGGGCGCUGGCUGGCGGUGCUGGCGGUGCAGCGCGGCGGAGCGGGCGCUGGGCCGCUGCUGGCGGCGUGCGGCGGCGGGGCCGCGCGCGAGCUCCGGGCGCGGGUGUGGGAGGCGCGGUGGGCGGCGGGCGGGCGGCUGGCGCUGGCGCUGGGCGGCGGGACCGUGGCGCUCUACGAGUGGUGGGGCGGCGGGCGCUGGCUGCGGCAGGCGAGCUGUGCCGGGGCCGGGGCACUGCGCUGCGCCGUGCUGGCGGGGGUGAGCUGGGGGCGGCUGGCGCUGGCGGCCGGCACGGCCACGGGGAACGUGGUGGUGUGGCGGGCGGCGGCGGCCACGGCCCCACACCGUCAGCUGUGCGGGCACCGGGGAGCGGUGCUGGCGCUCUGCUACGCGGCGUCGCGGGGACUGCUCGCCUCCGCGUCCGAAGACCGCAGCGUGCGGCUGUGGGCCGUGGGCGAGUUGGGCGGCGGGGACGGGGCCGGCACCUGCCUGCUGGUGUGCUACGGGCAUGGGGCGCGAGUGGCCGCCGUGGUGCUGCGGGGGCCGCUCCCGGUCAGCGCCGGCGAGGACGGCGCCUGCCUGGAGUGGGGCGGCGGCGGCACCGUGCGGCGGGCGCGGCGCGGGCACCGCGGGGCCCUGCGCGCCCUUCCGCGGCGAGAGGCCGCGGAGGCGGUCCCCGCGGUUGCGGCCCUGGGGGCCCGGGAGCGGCCGCGGGCCGUGCUGCUAGUGGGGCCGCGGCGGGUGCUGGUGCUGGACGAGGCGGGCGGGCUGGCGGCAUUCGAAGUGGCUCAGGGUUGCUGGACGCCGGUGCUGCACCCCGCCGCCAGCGGGCCUCGCGCUGUGCUGGCGGCCGCCCCGCUGCACGGAACGGACGAGACUCUCUGCGCCGUGGCCGGCGGCGACGGGCGCCUCCUCCUUUUCGCCUUGAGCCACCCCGGGGCCACCACGAAGCUCACGCUGUUCGAGGGGGCCGUGCACGGGCUGAGCUGGGCUCCCCGUCCCGGGCUGCCCCCCGACACCGCUGCUGCUCUUCUGGCCUCUGGUCCCGACGGGGAGAUGCUCUGGCUGGACGUCACCCACCGCCCCGGGCAGGCUCCCUGGGUGCGGCUCAUGGGACGGUACCUGCUGCCCCCCUGCAAGCAGCGCUGGCAUACCUGUGCCACCUUCUUGCCCCAGGAAGGGCUCCUGGUCUGUGGGGACCGCCGGGGCUCCCUCCUCCUCUUCCCUUGCAGCAGUUCCUCGGGAUGGGCUGCAGAAAGCACCAGCAUUGUAAAUGGUGGCACUGACCCCGUUGUCGAGGACUCCAGCAAUGAGCUGGAGCCCUCUUGCUUAUUGCACAAAGGUGCUCUGCCUCUUGAGUCCCCACUGUCAGUGCUCUUUGGACUCCACGGGAAGACAGGAGUUACCUCGGUGACCAUCCACAGGGGCUACAUUUACAGCACGGGCCGGGAUGGUGUCUACCGCCAGCUCCGCCUGCGGGACCAGCAGCUGGAGGUCCUGCAGAAGCACAGGCCCUGCAAAGGGCUGCAGUGGAUUGAGGAGCUGCACUUCACCUCGGAUGGGGACCUGCUUGUGCUGGGCUUUCACGCUGACAACUUCGUGGUGUGGAGCAACAGGACCAGUGAGAACAUCCACUGCAUCCCCUGCGGGGGUGGGCACCGCUCCUGGAGCUACUUCAGCAGCCCCUUGGGCGAGGUGUUUGCCUUUAUCAAGUCUGGGGAUGUGAUGCUGUACCACCGUGAGGCCGAGCCCUGCGAGCAGCAAGUGCUGCUGGAAUCCCUGCACGGGCGGGAGAUCACCUGCGUGCGGCGCCUGGGGGCCAUGCAGGUGCCCGGCCGUGCCACCGUUAACGUGUUUGUCACUGGCAGUGAGGACACCACCACUUGUGUCCUGGUGCUCAGUCAGAACUCUCGGGCAGCUGUGCCCCUUGCCCGCCUCAGUGACCACAUUUCCAGUGUGAGGACAUUGGCAUUCGCCAUGGGACCUGGAGAUGAGGGCUUUGGUGAUGAGGGCUUGUCUGCCCUGCUCUUCUCUGCAGGCGGCCGCGCACAGAUCGAGUGCUACCGGCUGCUGUGCACUGGGGACACGGCGGCUCAGAGUGCUGUGGCCUGCCAGGUCAUGCACGUGGCCUCCCACCGGCUGGACAAGCACUGGGAGCAGAAGAAGAACAGGCACAAGCUUGUCAAGAUGGACCCAGAGACGAGGUACAUGUCCCUGUCAGUUGUGUCUGGGACGAGCACCAAGCAGCUGCCAACACCCUGGAAAUUCCUGGCUGCUGCCUGCAGCGACGGAUCAGUUCGGAUCUUUGGGCUGCUGGAGGCUGCUCGUAAGUUGGUGCUGGUGGCAGAGUCAUUUCACCACCAGCGCUGUGUGCUGAAGGUGGAAGCAUUCCUGCACACAUGGGCAGGAGGAGAGAGGAGGCACCUCCUGUGCAGCGGAGCCACUGAUGGCAGCAUUGCCUUUUGGGACAUCACCGGCCCCAUCAAGGAUGCAGCAGAUGCCCUGCACCAAGCAGAGGGAGAGAUGCAGCCCUUGGCCCUGGAGGCCCCGCUGGUCACGGUCAUGGCGCACAGCUGCGGCGUCAACAGCCUUCACAUCCGCCAGACGCCUGAGGGACCGUACCUGGUGGCCAGCGGCAGUGACGAUGGCUCCAUCCAUGUCUGCCUGCUGGAGGUAGCCCUGGGCAGGGCUGAGGCCACGGCAGGAACCUGCCUGCAGGUCCUGGAGCGGGUAUGCAGGCCCUGUGCCCACGCUGCCCAUGUGACGGGGAUCCGGGUGCUGCGGCCAGACCUGCUGCUCUCUGCCUCAGUGGACCAGCGCCUGACGCUGUGGAACCGCUGCCCAGGCGAGCUGGUGCCCCUCAGCACCACCUUCUUCCACGUGCCUGACCUAGCUGAGCUCGACUGCUGGGAGGUGGAGGCUGGGGGUGAGCUGCGCUACUACUGCGUGCUCUGUGGGCAGGGCCUGGAGAUGCUGUGUGGCACAGCCCCCUCCAAACCUCCUCCACAAGAGGCUCCUCAGUAAUGGGGCAGGUGUGAGACACACCCAGGUCCCUGCCUGCAUUCGGAGGGCACCCUGCACUUGGGCUUUGCCCGUCACUGUGGUCCCUGCCUCCAGCCUGCACACCUGUGUGUCUUGUCCUGAGGGGACAGGCAUACUUGGCUCCCUCAGGCACAUGCCAUGGUUGUGGUGCUCGAGGCCAGUGGUCUCUGGGAGGAAGGCAGAUGUGAUCCCUCCAGACAAGCCUAGGGCUUCCCCAUGCAGUAAGGAAGUGGGGAUGUUAGUCCCUGCUGCUCAAGAGCAGCUCUUCCUCUGCAAGGUGUGAAGGACCCAUGACAGCUUUCCAGUCUUGGUCUCAGAGAGGAACCUUGCUUGGGAGGGCACUGAGGAUAUGGCCCAGCCCCGGGAGCUGGAGAGCAGCAGGAAGCCAGGAAGGGUCAGGGACUGGUGUAACACAUGGUGGGCUGCAGCCUUGUGUGUCCACAGACAGAGCCCUGUGUGACAGUCCUGACCCUGCAGAGCUGAGGAUGGUGCUGAAGUGCACAGGGACACAGCUCCACAGCAGCACCCUUGUGGCAUGGGGGUGGCUGGGCUGCCCACAAAUACCACCCCCCUCAGACCAAGUGGGUUUUUCCUGGAUAGCAGCAGGAUCCAGGACAGUCAGACCAAAGAAAGGAAGGAAAGACAAACAACCCUGAGGUCAGACACAUAGAGGGGUUGUCCAGCAACAAGUGUAUUGGACCCCAAUGCUGGGCCUGGCUCAGAGCCCAACAGGAGCCUGGAGCCUCAGGAGCUCCCUGCCAGCACGGAGCACCUUUCAAUAAAGUUUUGAGGGAAAUGAA